AUGGCGCAGAAGUUCUGCACUUUAUGUGGGACACACAUUCAGACCUCAGCGGGGGCAUGGGCUAGGGAAUUUCGCGCCACUGUCCAAUGGCGCGAUCCAAGUAUCAGCAACGUCGUUCCAGUGGAUCCUAGGGCACGCUACGAUGGUCGACAGACGGACGACGACGGCUUUCCCAUUGAAGUUGCUGAGAUCUCCAUCAUCAAUUCCUUCCAUCCCAAUCCCCCUCCCGAGUGGUGCUGGGGCUUCUUGUUCCACGAUGCUUGCUGGAGUCUGUUGAACUUUGAAGAACAAGUUGAUCUUGGUGAUCUCUUUCGACUCUGCGUCUCAACACCUAUCGGUCCUGACAUGCUUCUCAACUUUGGGCACGACUAUGGUAACAUUGGGUCAAUGAACUAUGAGGGGGGCAUCGAGGUAUUGGUAUCUGAUCUUAAAAGUCCAAACUAUGCGUCAGAUAUGCUCAAGGCGAAUCCUUUUGAGAUCCCCGCCCUCAGGAAGUCCAUUAACUUCGCUGCCCGUAUGCAGCAGGAUGCGUUUCAGUCCAUUCUCGACCGAUCAACCCUCAGCGCAGACAAGGAUGUCUUCAAUUACUUCCCUCCAGAGAUCCUUGAGAGGAUUGUGAUGUUUCUUCCAUCUCCUGACGUUCACUCUCUCCGCCUAGCAUCUCGUGUAUUCGCAACCCUCAGCCUGUCCGAACGCUUCUGGGCUUCACGAUUUAUAGAGGGGCACGAGUUUGACUACCUUCCUGAAGUCUUCGCGACCCCCCCAACAUCAUGGAGAGCUCUCUAUCUCUCACUUCACAUCUGGGCGUCUGAAAACAGCGGAAUGAGCAACCGCAGCCGUGUCUGGCUAUCCGUCAUAGACCUCCACGAAACACUUGGCCAGAUGAAAAAUGUGGAAUGCCUUGGGAGCGUCAUCAGCACGGUUCUUGAGCCCGAGGCACCAAAGUCCAUGCCGGAACGUGAGUCCUUGAUUACUGCAGAAAGAUAUAUUUUCGAACCGGGAACUCACUUCAUGGGCGGCUCUCGUGUACUGCGAGCCCGGUCCGGAAAAUUCCCCCAGCAUCUCAAGAUAAUUCUCAUGUCUGUAUCAUUUGUCGACACUCCAGCUGGGCUAUUCAUCUCUGGGCUCAUGUUUGUUGGCGCUGAUGGCGUGUUUGUGUCUCUGGGAUACACUCACAAGUCCCAAAUAGAACACAUAACGUUUCCCGAAGAUCAACAUGUCAAAGGUUUCGAAGUGGCCUUGGACGUGUGUGGCUUUCGAGCAAUCGCGGCCAUUACUCAGGAUGGCACUACGUCCUCGUGGGCUGGAGAUCCGGCGGACUACCCCAGGAGACGUCUCACCGAUGUCGAGGGCAUUUCCCUCAUCGUUGCCCAAUUCGAUGCGCUUAAACUUGUGUCGUUAAGCCGGGAUCGUAAAACAAAGAAACUGCAAGAACCAAGCGACAGAUUGCUCUGGCAUCCCGAAAUCCCAUCUCCCGAAAUAUUCUUGGACGGACUACAACCCCUCGACGAAGAUGUCAGCUCCGACGUUCCCAUCAUGACAGUUUUCUUUGGCGAGAACGACGGUCGAUACAUACGACAAAUGACGGCGAUAAACACCCACAUCUUCGACUGGUGUCACGUUGACCGCCUCAGCUUUGAGUUCAUGGACGAUAGUAUAGAGCGAUGUCUUGGAGAUGUUGAGUAUGAAAUAGAGCAAUUCGAUCGCGUGCCGCUAAGCUUCCCAGACCACGGCAAUUCCACGGGACACUUGGAAAUUGACGGCGGAAGUGGUGAAGAGAUUGAGAGCUUCGAGGUUCAGUUUGACGAAGAUAUUAUCUUGGGACUCAAGUUCAAUCUCAACACCAAUCGUACUGAGCUUGUGAGCAACGGUGACGAUCCCUUUGAUCUGCCGUGGACCAAGGUUACUCCGCGUGGUAAAAAGAUCAUUGGCAUGUUUUCGCAGGGCGCUAAGAAUCGAUGGGGUGCCAAGACGUUCCAUAAUUUGGGCUUCAUUUCUACUAACGAGGAACAGGAAUAG